AUGCAAAAUGAGAAGAGGUGCAGGAAAAGAAGAGGAUCACUUGUUGACAGUGCGCCCCCCGCAGUGAGGAAGAAGGAUAGGCAACGUGGCACUUUGAAGGUGGAAAGAAACGAAGGAACGGGAAGAACUCCUCCGCCAAAGAUUAAGGAACAUAAAGGAGAAGAAGAAAAGAGAAAAAAGACAAACCAGUUGGAAUAUAUGGCAUACGUGUACCUUCUAAUGGAGUACUUUUUUGAAAAUAACCAACUGACCGUUUUGAAUGAAAAAUUUUACCUACAAAAAAAUGUGUUGCCAAUAACGGAGGCACUGAUCGGGCAAAUUCUGUGGGUCUUUGAUAAGGAGAGAAAAAAAUUAUAUGGGUCCAGGAUAACCGAACUGGAAGCUUACAACGGAACUGAAGACAGAGCAUCCCAUGCAUAUAAUAAUAAAAAAACAAAUAGGAAUGCCACCAUGUUUGGGAAAGGUGGAGUCAGUUACGUGUACCUCUGCUACGGAAUUCACAACUGCUUAAACAUCGUAACGAAUGAAGAAAAUAUCCCCGACGCCAUUUUGGUUCGAUCGUUGGAGCCUUUUUAUGGUACCGACAGUAUCUUGCUUAAGAGGUAUAAAAUUCAUUCUGGGGGGUCUAUGUUGGGGAGGGGUUCUUCUAAUCCUUCUGCAUGUGCGGUGAAAGGGAAAGGAGGUAGGAUUCCCAUUGGCUGCACAGAUGAACAUACUUACGACGAUAGCAACUACUGCAUGUUUAAAGAGAAUCUCCAAAGAAUUGAAAAAGUAAAGGAAAUUUUGAAAUCCAUAAAUAUUAGAAAAAUAGGCAAGGUUUGUAGCGGUCCUGGGUGUGUAACAAAGUGCUUAGAUAUUACAAGGAAGGACGAUAAGGAGAGUUUUUUCUGUGAUUUUCCAAACUAUUCUAUGGAAGGGAAGAAUCUCACAUUGGAGGGUAAACAUGAGGGUGGGUGUGCUCAGGUAGGGGUAGUAACCAUGCAAAGUGGUGAUGCUACACAAGUAGGGGAACAGGCAGAUACGAAAUGCAUUGCAGAAUCUAUUGAACUUUCAGAAGGGGUUCACCCAACUAUAGAAGGUAAAAACAUAAAGCCGGAUCAUUGCUCCACAUGUAACAUAAGGCAUUUACAAAAGAGUCGAUUCUUCAUUAGCGUCUGUCCUAGUACAAGAGAAAUAAUUAAUUUUUACGAAGAAUUGGUUUCUCAAAAAAGAGAAAACCAAAGCUACAUACAGCAGGUGUAUGGUCAUUACAAGUCGCACUUGCUAGACUACUUCAAAUGUAUGAAGUGGGACCAGGAGGAAAUGGUCGUGCAGAGGGACAAGCGGGUAGGAGUUGCCUAUGCUCAGGAAGCUGCCUUUUAUAAUUACCGUUUUUUGUUGAAGGGCCAUCCUUCCAUUUCGGUGUUACCCAAGUAA